GGCAGUCACAGCUUCUCUGGGCAACCUGUGCCAAGGCCUCACCAUUCUCACAGGGAAGAAUUUUUUCCCAAUGCCCAGUCUAACCGUGCCCCGUGUCAGGCUGUUUAUGCUGAGUGAUUUGGUGCAAGGGGAUGUAUGAAUUGAGACCGGUUCUGCUGUGGAGCAACAGAGUUAAUGGUGUCAUUUAUAUCCCUAGCAGACAGAAGAGUAACUGGAUCUCACACGCUGUUUUCCAGAUUGUAGAUGUAAUCAUCAGAUUACUAUUGUGUGUUUACUAGAUUGCUUUAUGGGAGUGAGGAUUCCAUAAUUUCUUCUGGUGAAGUAUUAAAAGCAUUUAACUUCCCUAAGUGCACACUUAUUUGAGGUGUUCUGUAAUUCUGGGAAGACAUUUGUGCUGUGAGUAUCCCUGGAACACAGCAGUUGCAUAAUGGAGCACAGAGCGCAGUGUCUGCUGGAAUCAGAAAUCCGCUGUAUUUUCCACAGCAUUGUAAACGGGCAGGAAAGAAGGGUAAUGCUGUAACACAAGUGUUCACUCUUACAUGAUUGUUUUUGGUAGUAGUAUUCUGCAAUGGAACAGGUUCCCACUAAAGCUAUGCCCCAUCCCUGGAAGUGUCCAGGGAUAGGCUGGACAGGGCUUGGAGCAGCCUGGUCUAGUGAACAGUUGUCCUGUCCAUGAUUUGGAUGGAACAAGAUGAUCUUUAAGGUCUCACAGCCUAUCCCAUUCCAUGAUUCUGUGAUUCUAUUUAGUACCAGAACAGAUAGGUAAUGCCAUAAAUCCAUCAGUGAGUGUAAGACUGGUUGUUGAGGAUUCCCAUUACCCCUGUAAGCUGCUGUAGGAGUUGCUUGAAAACACGGUCAGCUCACAGCCAAUGAAACAGGUUCUUGUGAUAUUUCACACUGACGUUGGCUUCAUUCCAUGUUAUUUUGUCAGAGUAUGUGAACUGAAAUUUUACUUGUGUAUGUCUGCCUGUGGGCUUCAGGGCAAAGUGGGGACGAGAAGGAAGACUGGAGUGUAAUGAAUUGAGGGGGAAUGGGGAGCAGAUGCAGACCUAUGCAGCAGUAUAAUUUGGGAAGAACAUGCUUAGCUGAAAGGCAGUGUUGUGUGAAUAUGGCCACUCUGUAGCUCUGACACUGGGGACACAUCAGGGGGUCUGACCCUGGGGAAUGGCAGCAUGCAGGGAUGGGGGCAGCAGGCACAGGACAGGUCCUUGGGCUGGGAGCAGCCUCGGGGCAGCUGGAGGCAGGGCAGGGAGCUGAGGGAGGCAGGACCACAGGGAGGGAUGGGAGUGUGAGCUGCCUGUGCCUGCACAUCCACUGUGGAGCCAUGUGCCCGGUCCUCCAUAGCAAACCAUUGGGAUCUGAGGCAUCGCAACCCUCUGCUGUCGAUACAGGACUGGUAAAGGUCUGGUGUCCCCCAGUCAUUUUUCAGUCUGGGAAAUUGUAUAUAGUUCCUGGCACAGGUUAAGCACACACUCACCAGAGAGCUGCGGCUGCUUGCUGAGCCACCCAGAGGUUGGAUUUCUCUUCAUGGGCAGUACCUGCCCGUUGCAGCAGCUUCUCAGCCUUGAGAGCUCUGAGUUACUCCAGGAUGGUUUUCCGAGGCUGUUGUAUACUGUCUUCCAGGGCCCAGGAGAUGGCACUCCUGCAUUUGGACAGUGUGCAGCUGUUCCCCUUUUCCUGAAGAGGAAAAUCCCAUCGUGGGCUGGCUGUUUGGCUCUGCUGGGGAGGGAAGUGGCUACAUUUUCAGGGUCUGGUGAUUUGUCCUGUUCUGGGAGAUACCAAAGCUGGGGUGGUGAUCUGUGAGAAAAGUCUCUGCUCAGCAGGCAGGCGUUCCUGGGUGCGUAUUGAUGGUGCAAACUCCAGCAACGGGUUGUCACUGUUAAGUAGCUAUCACCAUAGAGGACCUGGAGAUGCGAGGUCCAUGCAGCUGCAGCUCCUCCAGGUGCGAAGACUUUAAUUACAGCCAGAUGAAAGCAUCUGUCAUGAAGCAUCUACAAACUGGAUUAGGGUUCCACUGACUGCAGUUGUCUAUGUCGGGUUUACCCCACCCAUUUAUACUGUACCUCCAUCGGAGGUAUCUGAGAUCUGUGCCUGGAUGUUUACCAGGCACGUGUGCUUCUUUCAGGAUGUGGGGCUGGGAAAGAAUUUACCAGGAACUAGAGAGAAAAGAAGUGGUUUAGGUCUGAAAUGAUACGUGCUGUGUCCCUCUGUGGCUCAAGCCAGUGAGCAGAUGCUCAUGACACAGGUCUGGUUGGGAUGACACAUUCCACGUCCUGUAUUUAUCCUGGAUCCACUGUUGUGGAGCAGGAGGUUGAUGCAUCAAGCCCUACCUGCCAGCCUCUCUCAGGAAACCUCAGAGGUGAAGGUUUGGAUUUAGACUGGAUAUUAGGAAAAAAUUCUUUCCUGCGAGAGUGGUGAGAUCUCAGCACAAGUUCUCCAGAAAAUCUGUGGCUGCCUCAUCCCUGGAAGUAUUCCAGGCCAGGUUGUUCUUGUGGAAGGUGUCCCUGGUCUAGUGGAAGGGGAAUGGAAUGAGGUGAGUUUUAAGGUCUGUUCCAACCCAAAUGAUUCUAGGAUUUGAUAAUUCUUUGAUUUUAAGGACUGUGUGACCACAAGGUGUGUAAAUCCCACCAUACCCAAGCUCAUAGCUGUUCUCUGUCACAUUUGUUGUUUGUAUCCCCUCUCCUGCUGGGUCACAGCUUGGAGUAGGUUUUCCUCAGGCUGUUUCUCAGCUCAGCACUUGGCUCAGUGCCUUGGCCUGUGUUGUGCUGAGCUGAGUGCCCGUUGCUAUAAUUUUACCUGUUUGUGUCCCUUGAUCUGUGUUUGUUCCCUUGGAAGUGCAAGGAGAUCCAUUAAAGCAGAGGCACUGGGUAAAUACCGCCUGCUCCUCACUCCACCAGCACCCGGGAUCAACGAUUAACUCCGGGUAAACAGAGCUGACUGCCAGUCAGCCCUUGGCCACAGCAAGGAGGGACAGGGGACCCAAAGUGCUCCUCCCCAGGUGUGUGGGGGAUGUAAAGGCUGGAGUUGGAUGUAAAAGCUGGACGCUGCUGGAGCAGGACACUGGCAUGGAACUGAAGCUCUGGUGCCUGGUGGCCAUUGGACGCAUCCUGCUGAUGGUGUGCCAUGGGCGGGAUCAGUCACCAGCACUAUAAAUAGAGCUGUCAGCGAAUCUGCCCUGGGGAAUAACUGCUGAACCCUGGAGCGAGGAACAGACAGCGUGGGCUGGGUGGAGGAGGUGCCUAGGAGGAGGCGUGAUGCCAGUAUCCUGUACUGGGGAGCCCAGCAGCAUGUGCUCGAUGCCAAUGCAGUGCCUGUAGGGCUUCAGCUCAACCGGGACGUGGAUCACAGUGCUGGAUCAGAUCCAUAAGAGCUUCCCAGUAGGUGGCAGGAAUGGCAGGAGCUCAGGUGGGACUACCAGGACCUUUCUUGGAGCCUCCAGUUGGGUCUUGCCCCAUCUCUGACUCUGACUCUGAGUCGGAGGAUCCCAGAGCUGUGGGUGGCACAAGACCCAACGCUGCAGCACAGAACUCCUCCCAGGUCAUUCACAGUGGCCACUUCAUGGUGUCAUGCCCGCACAGCGACUCACUGCCCCGGCGACGGCACCACCAUACUGAGCCUGAACCAGCUGAUCCCCGGAGUAUCGAUCCGACCCUCACCUGGCUCUUUGAGUGCAUGAGCCUGGAGUACAGUGGGAAGCUAGUAUCUCCAAAGUGGAAGAAUUUUAAGGGGCUGCGACUGCUUUGCUGGGAUAAAAUUCGACUCAACAACGUGAUCUGGAGAGCAUGGUACAUCCAGUAUGUGGAGCGGAGGAAAAACCCUGUGUGCAGCUUCAUCACCCCUCUGGAGGGCAUGGAGGCUGAUGAGCACCGAAAACCAGAGGCUGUUGUGCUGGAGGGCAACUACUGGAAACGCCGCAUUGAGGUGGUGAUGAGGGAGUACCACAAAUGGAGGAUCUACUAUAAGAAGCGGCUCCGAAAGUCCGCACGAGAGGGAGAGAUCUGCAGUCCAAAGCAGGACGAGGAUGUCUGGAGGCCAACAGAGAAAUGGUGCAACCAGCUCUUCUGCAAUGUAGUGCCCAUGCUGCUUGGGGAUGAGGAGGAGGAGUGCGGGAGCAGGCAGCAUUUCGAUUUGGACACCUUCCUUUCGGACAUAUCUGAUACCCUCUUCACCAUGACACAGAUGCCCAGCACCCACCAGGCACUCCCCGAGGAUGUGUAUGUUGGGAAUGCUGACGUGAUACAGCCGGAUUUGGCACCCCUGCAGCCCAGCCUGGAUGACAUGGACAUAUCAGGGUGUCCCCUUCCUCUCCGGGCAGGUCCACUUGUGCCGGUUACUGUGUCUCCACUUGGCUCUGCAGAAAUCUUCACCAGCCACCGGCCACCCCUAUCUCAGACACAACCGGGCUACCAGGAUCCAUCCUGCUUCUCGCCUAUGGCUGAACCCCUGUUCAGCAGUGGGGAGUCCCUGAUGGGUGCUCGGAGUCUGCCUGUGGGUCCCGAGGCCCCAGUCCUACCUGGCACCCUCCUCCAGCCCAGUGAUGCCUCCCAGCUCAGCCUCCACAGCACCUUCCCGGGCUCCGAGCUGCCCCCGGCCCCCCUGCCCCCCGAACACCCCGACGUGGCACCCAGCAGCCUCAGUCCCCAGCUCCGACACAAGCCCACACUGCAGUACGACUUCCCUGGCAAGUGCCUCAGCCUGGAGCCACCAACACCCCACUAUGUCCCCACCAUCCCAUCCCCCCAGGCACCUCUGCUGAGCCUGGAACCCUCCUUCUCCCCUGCCUCAACCCCUCUCUCUAAGUUCCCUUACAGCAGUUCACCUGACCCCUCACUUGUCACCCACACUACCUCCCCUCCCUCAAGCCCUUGCUUUUCCCCCUGCAUCCCAGGGCUGGGCUAUGCCACAGGCAUGGGGCCCCAGGGAUACCCCGGCCCUGCUGUCUCCCAACUCCUGCCCCAAGCCCUGCUGGGCAACCCCAGGUUUGCCCCCCGCAAGGGGCUGCCCCAGGAUGGAGGUGGGUGGCCCAGGGCAAAGUCCAGCGGCACCAAGGCAAGGAGGCUGCCAGGACAUCCCCUGUCCCACCUGCCUGAGCCCAACCCCUGCCUGAGCCAGCUCCUGACCACAGCCAAGCAGGACCCGGUGCUGGAUCCCCCUUGCCUGAUGGGUGCAGGACUCAUGCCCACAGCCCCUGUCUCACUGCAGCAGAGCACUGUCCCCAAAGUCCCUGCCACCUUCCUCUCCAGAAUGGCCCAGAUGAGCCCAGGACUGGCUCCUGGCUCCAGCCCUUCCCAAGUGUUGCUGCACACAGUGGGCAUGCAGCCGAGCCCCCUACAAGUCCCCAAGGCAGAGCAGCUGUCCCCCACCUUGACUUGUGGCAGUGAUUGGCCCAAGCCCAGCCAGGCUUCCCCAGGACCCACUGCAAAGCUGGGCACUAGCAUCUCCCUGCACCAGCCUGUGUCCCGUCUGGGAAGGCCUGAGUCCAGCAAGCUGGAGAGCCGCCGCAUCACACACAUCUCCGCUGAGCAGAAGAGACGCUUCAACAUCAAGCUUGGCUUCACCACGCUGCACAGCUUGGUGAGCACACUGAGUGCUCAGCCCAGCAUCAAGAUCAGCAAGGCCACCACCCUGCAGAAGACAGCCGAAUAUAUCUGCAAGCUGCAGCAGGAGCGGACAGCUCUGCAGGAUGAGGCACAGCGUCUGCGGGACCAGAUUGAGGAGCUCAACGGCUCCAUCAACCUGUGCCAGGAGCAGCUGCCUGCCACAGGGGUGCCCAUCACACGCCAGCGCUUUGACCACAUGCGCAAAAUGUUUGACGAGUAUGUUCGCUCCUCCACACUGCAGAACUGGAAGUUCUGGAUCUUCAGUAUCAUCAUCCGGCCUCUCUUUGAGUCUUUCAAUGGCAUGGUGUCCACAGCCAGCAUGGAGAGCCUCACCCAAACAUCCCUUGCCUGGCUGGACCAGCACUGCUCCCUCCCAGCGCUUCGGCCAACCGUCCUGAGCUCUCUGCGGCAGCUGAGCAUCUCCACCUCCAUCCUCAGCGACCCGGCCCGUGUCCCCGAGCAGGCGGCACGGGCAGUGGCGGCGCUGGAACGCCCCAGCGCCUCCUCCUCCUCCUGAGUGGUCCGGGGUUUCCGGGAUGUCCCAGGGGCACCGGCGUGGGGAGCCGAGACUGCGCGAGAGCUGUCCCGCCCCGACCCCCUGCAAUAAAGGACUUGCUGUGCCACGGA